AUGAGCAGCAACGCGGCGAGGGGCGAGCCGGACGAAGGGGUCGAGAGAAGCGACGUUUUCCUUUACAGAAGCGAAGUGGGGAAUGAGGGAGAGUCUUGCAACGUCCUGUGUCUCUUCCUCUUUUUUAUUUCCCUAUUUUUUGUGAUGCUGAUGACGGCCGAUAACAGUGCAGUUCCAGCGGGGAGCGGCUACGAGGGAGGAGUGGGCGGCGGCCUCGGGGUGGACGUCGAUGGGAAUCUGCUGCCGGGGGAGGGCGGAGACAGGUCCGCGCCGGACGACCUGUUCGACAGUGUGCUGAUUCAGUGCCUAAAUUUUAAGGGCCGCUACAGAGUGGAGGGCCGGGGGGGCGCAGUUAAAGCAGUUAGCGGUAUUAGCGGUGUGAGUGGAGUUAGCGCAGUUAGCGGUAUUAGCGGUGUGAGUGGAGUUAGCGCAGUUAGCGGCGGGAGUACCGCUAGCACCGCCAUCCCCGCCAUCCCCGCCAUCCCCGGCAGCACCUCGGGGAAGGGGAACCCGGGGGGGGGAGCAUUCGAGGCGAAGCUGAUUACGCUGAAGCUGUCCCUCUACAACGUAACGAAGUCGUUUCUGUUUCUGUACUUUGAGCCGCAGGGGGGGGUCAGCGGCGGUGGAGGUGGGGGGGAAGAGGUGCACAUCGGAGAGGAGGGGCGUAACCGCUUCGCCGGCCAAGGGGCUGGGCCCCCGCCGCGAACCCCCGAGCAGCCGAGCAAAUUCCAGUUCGUGGGAGUGCCCGGGCUGAACGUUAACAGGGAAAGCGCAUACAUGUUCAACGGCGCGGGGUACAACUUCCUGACGCUGUGCCAGGAUGAGAGGAACUGCAUCUGCAAGUACAACGUGGGCAUUCAACAGAACGUGGCCAUGCAGGAGUCGACGUCUCUCCGGGAGGUGGAAGAGUCCUAUCUGUUCCUGCUGAAGAGGUACCUGAUGGACGAGGCGCAGUCGCUUGGCGCGUUCCCCUCGGCGAGCUACCGCGAGCAGUACGAGCGGUACCUGAGUGGGAGGGUCGCCGGCGCGGAGGCAGCAGCAGGGGCAGGGGCAGCGGCGGCUGGCGGUACGGGCACCCCUGGUGAUGGAGCUAACCCCCCCCAUGGAGAGGUAACUCCCCCGUGGGGUGAAGCUAGUACCCAGCGUGGAGAAGCUAGUACCCAGCGGGGUGAGGCGGCCCCCCCCCAGUACGACGGCUACAUCUCCUCGGACAACUGCGGACUCUUCGUGCGGCUGGAGGGAAGCGACGUAGACAAGAAGCACGCAGCUGCGCAGGUGACGGCCUUUUCCGUCCUCUAUAACAUCAAGUCGCUGAUCGAGUUGGGUCUCUUUUACGUGCAGAUAGGGCGAAGCAGCGAGAACAUGCGUAGCGCGAGCAAAGUGUCGCUACUCUCCAUCUGCCUGAACUCAUUCAUAGAUCUGUUCGAGUCCCUCCUGCUCCUCUACGAAGUGAUGCUCUCCCGUCUGUUACUAGUUCAUUUCAUUUUUAUGGUACUUCUUAAGUUUGUCUUAUUUACCCUCAUGGAGCUGCGGUACAUUUUAAUAAUUUGGAGAGCUAAUCAUCAGCAGGAUCUCCAAGAAGGAUGGGAUCAGUUGCAGAGGAAGCUUGGCACGUUAUAUAAAUUUUAUUAUGGGAGCAUCCUCCUCGUGAUUGUGACCUUCUAUUACGUUUUCCCAGUCUGUCCCUACGUUUUGCUGCUACUCUACAUGUGUUGGGUACCUCAGAUUCUGUUGGACAUUUGGAAGGGCCAGAGACAUUCCAUAAAUCUGAAGAUCGCAUUUGCUCUCUCCCUAUGCCGAGUGUUCCUCCCAGUCUACCGCUUUAUGUAUCCCAAAAGUAUUUUUCAAUUGGACAUAUUUGCUCGAGCGUUGGACUCGUCUAACAGCACCUUCAGCAUCCUCCUCAUCGUGAUUCUAGCUGUGCAGUUGCUCCUCAUGUCUCUGCAAAGGCUCUACGGACCCAGACACCUCAUUGAUUUGGAGCUCCUACCCCACGUGCAUAACUACUACAGAACGGUUGACCCCAAUUUCGAGACUGGCCUCCCCGAGUGUGUCAUCUGUAUGUAUGAUAUUGUUCUGAAGAAUAGGACCUACUGCGUCACUCCUUGUCUUCACAUUUUCCACGAGAAGUGCCUGCAGCAGUGGAUGGACGUCAAGCUCGAGUGCCCCACCUGCCGCGGCGCCCUCCCCAACUUCCCCUAA